AUGCCCUGGCCUUCGAAAAUAACCAGAGCAUUUGCCACCGUCGAAGAAGAGGCCGGUGUCAUCGUUUAUGAGAAUCAGUACUAUGGCCCCUACAACAAACUUCUCUGUACUCUAUUCCCUCCGGACAGUGAUUUCAUUGUCUCGCCCAAUUACCUACCGGGCAACGUGGACGGCGCCGCAGGCGUCAUCAUCUCGUUCGAAAUCACCCUUCGUCAGCACCCCGUGCUCGUCCUAGAGGUCAAGCCUCCCCAGCACUUGUCGCUUGAUUCGACGCGGGAGGCAGCCGACAGGCAGGUUCGCCGCCGUUUGGUCGAUUUGUCAGGGCGUGCGCUCCUCCCUGUCCUCUACGGCAUCAGCGCGAUGGGGACCAAGCUCUGCUUCUACGAGUUCGAAACGGCGCCGAGGCGCAUGACUCCCCGACGCAUCCCCAGCGAUCCCGAGCUCACAACCGACGUUGCGCCGAAGGAGCAGUGGGACUGUGAUGUCCUUGAAGCUGACGGAGAGCAGCGGCUGCGAGCAUUGGCGAGGCAGAUCACGGAGGCAUGUGAGCGCCUACAAGCUUGA